GUCCCGCGCACGUCGGAUACUGCACCUCUUAUACAAUCCACUGUUAACCACUUCAUACUAGGAUUAACAAUCAGGUCUGCUUCCGAUAUGCGGGGCGAAGGCUUCCGUUCGGAUGCAACUUUCACAAAGCAGCGGCAACUAAGCUAACUAAUAUCUUUGAAGCUAACUAUCUAUCAUGGAACCCAGCAGGGAAGAUCUGCUAGCAGUAUUUGCAAUUUCCAGCAACUUUAGAGAAUUGAAACAAUGCUUCCUUGAUGACCACCUCCCAGUUUUAUCAAUUUACUAACAUAUCAACGAAAGGAACAAUCCAGAGCUCGUUUCCGAUUAGACUUAGCCAGAUAUACUACGAAGCUCAUGGCGCACCCAACCAUCCCAGAACCCACUUUCCCCACACUCAGCAGCAACCGUCGGUAGUAAGAACGAGGAUGGGCAAAGUUCCAUGCAACCAAACGUAUUCCCUACACCUGCGUUUCCCAUCGGAAGUGCGGUACACAUCCGCCAUGACCCGUCCGUUCAAAUGAUAUAAAGCUGUUGCAUUCUACCGGUUCAUCUCUCAUUAUCUACACGCCCCCUCCAUCUUCUUGUACAAUAUCCUACAUACAAUCCCCCAUCCCCUCCCCUCUCGCAGCAUACUCCACCUCUAGCAUACCUGAUCCCCAAACCGAGUCCAACAACAACAACCAACAAUGCUUGGUAAGAUCGCCCUUGAGGAAGCCUUCGCGCUUCCCCGCUUCGAAGAAAAGACACGCUGGUGGGCAAGUCUAUUUUCCACGGACGCCGAAACCCACGUCAAAGAAAUCACCGACAUCAACAAGAUCCGCAUCGAGCACGCAGACAAGCAUGGCGUCGGCUACCAAAUCCUCUCAUACACAGCCCCCGGUGUACAGGACAUCUGGGACCCCGUCGAAGCCCAAGCGCUCGCCGUCGAGAUCAAUGACUACAUCGCCGAACAAGUGCGCGUGAACCCCGACCGAUUCGGCGCUUUCGCCACACUAUCAAUGCACAACCCCAAGGAAGCAGCCGAUGAACUCCGCCGCUGUGUCGAGAAAUACGGCUUCAAAGGCGCCCUGGUAAACGAUACCCAACGCGCCGGCCCAGACGGAGACGACAUGAUCUUCUACGACAACGCAGAAUGGGAUAUCUUCUGGCAAACCUGCACAGAGCUCGACGUACCCUUCUACAUGCACCCGCGUAACCCGACGGGCACAAUCUACGAGAAGCUCUGGGCUGACCGCAAAUGGCUCGUGGGUCCGCCUCUUAGCUUCGCGCAUGGUGUCAGUCUACACGUUCUCGGAAUGGUCACGAAUGGUGUCUUCGACCGUCAUCCCAAGCUGCAGAUUAUCAUGGGUCACUUGGGUGAACAUGUUCCUUUCGAUAUGUGGCGGAUUAACCAUUGGUUCGAGGAUCGAAAGAAGUUGUUGGGUCUUGCGGAGACGUGUAAGAAGACGAUUCGCGAUUACUUUGCUGAGAAUAUCUGGAUUACUACCUCUGGGCACUUUUCCACGACUACCCUGAACUUCUGUAUGGCGGAGGUUGGGUCCGAUCGGAUUUUGUUCUCGAUUGAUUAUCCAUUUGAGACUUUCUCUGAUGCUUGUGAGUGGUUUGAUAAUGCGGAGCUCAAUGGGACGGAUCGGUUGAAGAUUGGAAGGGAAAAUGCGAAGAAGUUGUUCAAGCUGGGUUCUUACAAGGAUAGCUCGGCUUAGG